AUGUCUUUAUUAUCAUUACGUUUUGCCACAUCUUUGGCAAAAACUUUGCCAUUAACUUUUUCACAGGUGUCUAAUGUAUCAAUUCCUGCAAUUCAAGUUGGUAACAGAAAACUCCAUAUUUCAUGCAGCAGAAGAGCCGCAGAAAUUUCAUCUAUUCUUGAAGAAAAAAUUUUAGGAGCAUCUACUAAAGUUGAUUUGGAAGAAACCGGCAGAGUAGUCAGUAUUGGAGAUGGUAUUGCUCGUGUUUACGGUCUUAACAAUAUUCAGGCCGAUGAGAUGGUGGAAUUUUCAUCUGGCCUCAAGGGUAUGGCAUUGAAUUUAGAACCUGAUAACGUAGGAGUGGUAGUUUUUGGAAAUGACAAACUUAUCAAAGAAGGAGACAUUGUGAAACGUACUGGAGCUAUUGUUGAUGUACCAGUAGGAGAAGCUUUAUUGGGCAGAGUUGUUGAUGCUUUGGGUAAUGCUAUUGACGGAAAAGGAGCUAUCAAUACUAAGGCCAGAGCUAGAGUGGGUAUAAAAGCCCCUGGUAUUAUUCCCAGAGUUUCUGUUAAAGAACCUAUGCAAACUGGUAUCAAGGCUGUGGAUUCAUUAGUACCUAUUGGCAGAGGUCAAAGAGAACUUAUAAUUGGUGACAGACAGACAGGUAAAACCUCUGUGGCUAUUGAUGCCAUUAUAAACCAGAAACGUUUUAAUGAUGGGAAAGAUGAAAAUCUAAAAUUAUAUUGUAUAUAUGUUGCAAUUGGUCAAAAAAGAUCUACUGUUGCUCAAAUAAUUGUAAAACGUCUUACUGACAGUGGUUCAAUGAAUUACACAAUUAUUGUAUCAGCUACUGCAUCUGAUGCAGCACCUUUGCAAUAUUUAGCUCCAUACUCAGGAUGUGCCAUGGGUGAAUUCUUCAGGGAUAGUGGAAGACACGCUCUUAUUAUAUAUGACGAUUUAUCAAAACAAGCCGUAGCUUACCGUCAGAUGUCCCUGUUGCUUCGACGACCUCCCGGUAGAGAAGCCUAUCCUGGAGAUGUAUUUUACCUUCACUCUCGUUUAUUGGAAAGAGCAGCCAAAAUGAGUGAAGCUCACGGAGGCGGUUCAUUAACGGCCCUUCCAGUAAUUGAAACCCAAGCUGGUGAUGUGUCUGCUUACAUUCCAACUAAUGUAAUUUCCAUCACUGACGGUCAAAUUUUCUUGGAAACCGAAUUGUUUUAUAAGGGUAUUCGACCUGCUAUUAACGUAGGUUUAUCCGUAUCUCGAGUAGGUUCUGCUGCCCAAACCAAAGCCAUGAAACAGGUGGCUGGAUCAAUGAAGCUUGAAUUGGCUCAAUAUCGUGAAGUAGCUGCCUUUGCCCAAUUCGGUUCUGACUUGGACGCUGCUACACAACAACUAUUGAAUCGAGGUGUUCGUCUUACUGAAUUGCUUAAACAAGGACAAUACGUUCCUAUGGCUAUUGAAGAACAAGUUGCAGUUAUUUACUGCGGUGUCAGAGGUCACCUUGACAAACUUGACCCCUCAAAAAUUACUGCUUUUGAAAAAGAAUUUUUGGCCCACGUAAAAUCUUCUCACAAGGAUUUACUGGAUACCAUUGCAAAGGAAAAUAAAAUUUCAGAGGCCGUAGAUGCUAAACUUAAGAAAAUUGUUACAGAUUUUAUUGGCUCAUUUUCUGGAUAA